ACAGCAACGUUCUUUCACUACAGUCUUCAGACGUACACUCGCUUACUGUUCAGAAGUCUCAUCUUCUUUGUCUUUUGUUGAGAGUAUCAACUCUUUUCCGCAAUCAUGCGUUUCAUGCACAUCUUGGCGUCCACCGCGGCGCUCACGUCUGCGAUGUCGAUCGCGGACUUGAACCAGCGGGAUGAGCAGAGCGUUGACUCAAAGGCCGACGGCAACCUUGGUGCCCAGUCCAAUGAGCCUAAGAUUGACCCAUCCGCUAUUGGAAACAAGGUUGACGCUUCCAAGCCGGAAGACAAUAAGGAAGAUGUCAAGAAGGGUGAUCAGAAUCAGAAGUGGGGUGACAAUGGCAACAAUGGCAACCAGGGCGAGCACAAGGAAGAGCCCAAGAAGGAAGAGCCCAAGAAGGAUGAUCAGAAUCAGAAGUGGGGUGACAAUGGAAACCAGGGCGAGCACAAGGAGGAGCCCAAGUACGAGGAGCCCAAGAAGGAGGAGAACAAGUGGGAUGACCACAAGGAGGAGCACAAGGAAUACCCGCCGCCCGUCACUUACACUAAGGAGUACACCAAGGAGCACGAAUACCCCGUCACCAAGGAGUACACCAAGGAGCACGAAUACCCUGUCACCAAGGAGUACACCAAGGAGUACACCAAGAACCACGAAUACCCCGUCACCAAGGAGUAUACCAAGGAGUACACCAAGGAGCAUGAGUACCCCGAGUACACCAAGGAGCACGAGUUCACCUAUACCAAGGAGCAGCCCGUUACCUACACCAAGGAGCAGCCCGUUACCUACACCAAGGAGCACGAGCAGACCUACACCAAGGAGCACGAAGUCACCUACACCCAGGAGCAGCCCGUCACCUACACCAAGGAGCAUGAGCAGACCUACACCACCACGGUCAUCACCACUGAUAUUUACACUACCUUCUGUCCUUCUCCUACCACCAUCACUGCUGGCAGCACCACUUAUACUGUCACCGAGCCGACUACUCUGACCAUUACCAACUGCCCUUGCACUAUUACCCAGUCUCCGCCGCCUCCUCCUCCUCCGGUUACCACUGUUAUUCCCCCACCGCCGCCUCCGGUCACCACCGUGGUUCCUCCUCCCAACAGCUCGGUCGCGCCUCCGCCUCCUCCUCCUCCUCCUCCCCCUCCUCCUCCUCUGGUCACCUCCGUGCCACCACCUCCUCCUCCCCACACCGUUGUUCCUCCUCCCAACACUUCGGUUGUGCCUCCUCCUCCCCCUCCUCCCCACACUGUGGUUCCCCCUCCUCACUCUGUUGUUCCUCCUUCUCCUCCUCCGCCACCACCUGCCACUGGCACAGUUCCCGCGGUCAUCCCCACCGGUGCUGCCGCCAACAACAAGGCUGGUCUCGGAGCUCUCGUCGUCGCUGGUAUUGCCGCUCUGGCUCUCUAAGCGACCGACUUCGCUACCACAUGGGCCCCUGGUGGUCCAUUACAAAAGUGCCAUUUUCCCAUUAUACGGGACAGUUCUCAACUUUUAAUACCUUGCUUUUGAUUUAAUCUUCUUCACACUCCUUGAUUAUUUAGGGAAUACACGAUUAAUGUUACAUGAGAACUGAAGGCGAAUUUAAAAAGGCUUUGUUGGAUCGGGUUAUUUACCUAGACAAGUAUUGAUUUUAAUAAAAAAACAAAAUACGCUCC